AUGUGGGUCUAUCUGAACGUGAUCCUGGGUCUUCAACGGCUGGGUUGGUUGUGCGGAUUGUCUGCCAUAUUCAGUCCCACCGGUAAGAUCGGACUCUAUAUUGGAUUGGUCUACAUAACAAUUGGGAAAGCAGGACAAGAAUCUCAUUUGAAAGAAUUCCUUCUUGAGCAGUUCAAGGGAAUGUUUGUAGACAAGAAAGAAUGUGCAGAGACCAUGAAAAUAUUAGUUUGGUUCUUUGCUUCUUUACUUGGAAUUAUUGUCGCCCAAGUCACACAUCCCUUCAGUUGGGAUAAGACCUUUGAAAUUUCGUGUAUAGUGAUGGGGUGCUCAUUGCUAAUUUCCUUUUCUGCCAUAAAAUGGUACCAGUAUGGCGAAUUAACUGAGACCUCUCUUAAUCAUUUUUUUCGUGCUAUGGUGGCCGUGUUCCUGAAGAGCUUUUUCCAAGACCCACUUUAUACUAGUCAGCUGCAUGAAGGAUUGGGCUCCUCUCCUGCGAGCCCAGCGCCUAGGGAGAGCCCAGUGAAGGAUCCAACAGCUGGGCUGUUGGGCAUGCACUGGGAUGCACACCAGGUCCCACGUAGGUGCCCAUCCCUGCUCGAACCCAACAGUCCAAGUGUUCGGGGGUUUAUAGGAGAGAAACUCAGAGAUCCACUUGAUGAUAAUUUGAGGGUUGCAGAUUCUGAUUUCUGCAGAUGGUUGGAUAAAGCAGCUAUCGUUGAAGCUUCAUCAAUGAGCAAGAAAGAGCAAAAGAAAAAUUGGAGGCUUUUCACAAUGACAGAAUUGGAGGAAGCAAAAGUAAUAAUAUCAACGGCUCCUCUCUGGCCAUCCAUGUUGCUGUAUGGUCUAGUAAAAGCUAUGGGGAGUACCUUCUUUAUCGAGCAAGCUUCCCAGUUAGAAAGCCCAAUCAAUAUGGACUUUGGUAUUAUUUCUCUUAUUGUGAUUCAGUCACUGUCCAAGUCGGCAAUCUCCAAUCUAUAUAUACUGCUCCCAGAGAGGUUAAGGAAAGGAAGAUUUGCGAGUUAUGUUGCACUAAUUCGAAUUGGUGCCGGAUUAAUCUUAACUGUAAUUUGUUGUCUCAUUUCAUGGAGGGUUGAAGUUCGAAGAUUAGGGCUUAAUGGUUCUAAAGACAUGAGCAUAUUUUGGCUAGUUCCUCAAUUUUGCUUGCUAGGGUUUAUGGAAGAACUUACAGAAUGUGGCUUACAAGAGUACAUCUCUGACCGAGUUUGUGCACCUGAAAGAUGUGACAGUGAGACUGCAAGUAACUUGGUUAUUGGACUUGGAAAACUACUUGGUGCUCCUUUUACUUCUGUCCUCUCAUCAAAUAGUUGGUUUUCUGGAACCAUAGAUCAGAGUCGCUUUGAUAAGUAUUACAUGGUAUUGAUGAUAACAAGUUGUUUCAACAUUUUUCUAUACUGUAGCAUCUCAACUUCGUGCAAAUUUCUGAGGUACAAGAUGUCUACCGAUGAGAGAGACCACAGUACUGAUAAUGUUGAAGCUCCAAAUAUUACACUAGAUGGAGACAGAAAACCUCUGGUGAACCUGAUAAUUAAAUUUCUUCCAGAUUUAUGA